UGUCAGUAAGGUAAAUUUUGAGGCAACUGGCUCUUCGGGACGUUGGCAAUCUUAUCGUCGUUAUUUGAAGAUGGCUACCAGACACGUACUCGUUUACUUCAUUUUGUCAAUGAUGACGACAGCAGUCAUUUGCCAGACGUUCCAAUACAGUCACGGCUGGACGAACGGCAAAAGAUCCAUGCUGGAAGAGCUCGCGAAUUCCGCUGGCAAGAAUUCGCAUCAAUUAGACAAUGUCCUUGUCGACUGCGAGCUACAGAAGUUGAGAUUAUUGCUUCAAGGAAACGCUAACAGUCAAUUGAUCCAACUUCCUUGUGAAUUGUUCUUCUCUGCAAAAAGAAAUUUAGCGGAAUCCGUGGACAACGUCGACCACUUCCGGCGACAGGCUACUCCUAUCAACAAUAAUUAUUAAAUCUCUCCAUCGAAUGUUUCUUUCCGGAUUAGAUCAAAUCGAUUGACAUUCUACUCUGACGAAAUAAAAACCUGUACCUACGAA